ACUUGCGGAAACUUGCAGGACAAGGCACUUCUCGCCGAAAGUACGAGUUCGCCUUCACUCGUUUUUUCAAGAAAAGGUUUCUUUCCAGGGAGACGACAGUCAGGCUACUCUGUUCUCUAGGUUAUUUCUCUUACGAAGGAGCCGCUUCACCUGUAACUGCGAUCCCAUACUUCCGUACGCCUUACUUCCGUACGCCUUACUUCCGUACGCCUUACUUCCGUGCUUUACUCCCGCACCCCUUACUCCCUCAUACUCGCCAUGCUUUCCCGCCACUCCCUCCGCGUCUGGCUAAGGCCCGUGGCCGAAGCGUUUCGCGCCCAACCUUCUUUAAUAGCUUUUAGCGGGGCGGAUGGGUUGAGACAUGGGAGGAAGAGCCCCACGGGGGUUGGUAUACCAACCGCUGGUGCGACUUCCCGUUUGUAUCACAAGAACGUGGUGGAUCAUUACAAUCACCCGCGGAACGUGGGGGCGUUCGACAAGCGCGACCCAGAUGUCGGCACGGGAUUGGUGGGCGCGCCGGCGUGCGGCGAUGUGAUGAAGCUGCAGAUUAAGGUGGAUGCUGACGGGAGAAUCGUCGACUCGUGCUUUAAGACGUUCGGAUGCGGUUCUGCCAUCGCGUCGUCGUCACUAGCUACGGAGUGGGUGAAGGGGAAGCAUGUGGACUCGGUCCUUGAGAUCACCAACAGGGACAUUGCCAAGCACCUGUCGCUGCCCCCCGUGAAGCUUCACUGCAGCAUGCUGGCUGAAGACGCCAUCAAGGCGGCCGUGUAUGACAUCAAGGUGAAGAGGGAGAGGCAGGAGCAGUAAAUGCAGCAAUACUGCUGUGGGGCAAGCAGUGAGCAGAGCGUCUCCUCUGCUGCUAUGGGAUGCUAUGCUGUGAACUUCGCUCAGUGCUGUUAACGCUGUACAUAGAUUCUCAAGCACGAGCCCUGUAUUUUUGUACAUACCCACCAGUGUGUUGAGGAGUCCAAUUCGACCUGUAACCAAUAUUUGGUA